GCUCCAAUGACUCGAGUGACUCGAGCUAGGUGACACGCGUUUCAUGGGAGCUUUUGACAGUUCAUCACCCGGUCGCCAUCUUUGAUUUUUCUAGCCCGGGUCAGGAAUCGUGACCCGACCAAAUAGUACGGGCUACGAAGUUGUAGCUCGAGUCACCCGGAAUCGGAGCGCUCCUAUUGGUUGAAAGUUUCGCGUCGUCUGCUCUGGUCUGCAGUCAAGAAAACAACACAACUUUUGCAUUUGCAAAUAUGGAGGAUUACUAUGAACAGCAGUAUGUUUUUGAUGGCAUAUUUUAUAAAAUAAUCGAAAAGGAGGAGAUUCAUACAUUAUUGGCUGGCAGCCCGGACUUCUUCCAGUCCUAUCUGAAAAAAAACGAUGGCCACAUCGAGAUGGCUGGUGUAGCAACAGAAGCCACCACAGACAGUCAUGUGUGGACGACUGAAGCGACCAAACUACUUUUGGAAGAGUACCACACGAGGACGAACAAAUUCAGAAACUCAAAAAUUAAAAAUGUAAUACUAUGGAGAGAAAUCAUUGAUGUUUUUGAAGCCCAUGGGUACUCUGGGAUCACUGAAAAGAUCCUAGAUGAUAAAUUUAGAAGUAUGAAACGAACAUUUAAUCGUAUAAAAAAAAACAAUGAUACUAGAAAAAGCACUGGUAAGGGGUCCAUCAAGCCUUGGGAAUUUUAUGAUUCGAUGGCAGAUAUUUUGCAAGAUGAUUCUACGGUCAACUUGCAUAAAGCAUUUAUUAUGAGCAGCUCCUUUGCCCCUCCUUCCACAUCAACAUCCCCUGCCCAUCCACUUCCCUCAACUUCCUUUGCCCGUCCACCCCCAUCAUCAUCUCCAGCCAAUCCACUUCCCUCAACUUCCUUGCCCGUCCACCCCCAUCAUCAUCUCCAGCCAAUCCACUUCCCUCAACUUCCUUUGCCCGUCCACCCCCAUCAUCAUCUCCAGCCAAUCCACUUCCCUCAACUUCCUUUGCCCGUCCACCCCCAUCAUCAUCUCCAGCCAAUCCACUUCCCUCAACUUCCUUUGCCCGUCCACCCCCAUCAUCAUCUCCAGCCCAUCCACUUCCCUCAACAUCCUCCACCCCUCCCCCACCACCAUCAUCUCCAGCCCAUCCUUUUCCCUCAACAUCCUCCACCCCUCAACCUCAAUCAUCAUCUCCAGCCCAUCCUUUUCCCUCAACAACCUUCACCCCUCCACCACCAUCAGCAUCCCCUGCCUAUCCUUUCCCAUCAACCUCGACAGCUUUCUCUCUCCCAAAUACGCCAACCAAGAGAAAUCUUCCAGAAGAUGAUCCAUCUCCCCGAAAAAGGAUGAGAGUAAAGCCUAGUAGGAGAUGGCAGAAGUUGGAGGAGCAAAGGAGGGAGAG